AAAAUAUUAAUUGGCAUCAGCAUGGGACAUGUUUGUGAUUUCUGCAGCAGGAAAGGUUUGAAGAUAGAAAUCCAUUACAUCAUCUUACGAAAAUUUUGACUGCGAAAGGAUUUUCGAUCAUGAUAUUAAAAGAUGAUAGAGGGUGGAUAACAAUUCAAAUACACAUUUCGUGUGACAUUUGAUUGUUUAACCCUGACUUCUUUUCAUUAUGGCCAUGAGAGAUUUGAUUGAUACCGAUUGUGGACUGAGUAAUCCUCUUAUGAAGGUUGCCAGCCACUAUACUCAAGAAAAGAGUCACCAGGCUGGGCAACCUUCAAGUGCAUCUGCUUCAGAUCAAUUGGUGAAGGAGUUCCUUUUAGAUUCAAAUGAAGUAGAAAGACAAGCUCCGGAUACAUUUAACAUGGAAGGAUUGCUUCACCAAAUGUCUGAAAUUGAUGAACUUUAUCACAGGUCACCAGCUCAAAAUAUUCAAGCCUUUUCGACUCCAAAUGAUUGGGUGCAAAAUUAUUUAGGAUCGCAUGACAUCGCUUAUGAAAAUAAUAGACUAAAUACACUAAAUCCUCUUGAUAAUACUUGGGCAGAAGAAUAUUUAAUCACCUCUGAGCAAGAUAUACAAAAUCAGCGUCCAUUGGGAAAUGCUUGGUCUCAAGAUUUCAAAGCUCAAAGCUGUAGUGAAAUUACAGAAAUAGCAACUGGCUUGUCUGAUUCUGUAACUGAUCCAAAAAUUUCAGAGUCAAAAUUUAUGCGUUUCAUCCGUAAAGUUGGUGAUGGGGAAGUUAAUUUGGAGCAGAUUGAGCAAGAAAAGAAUGCUGCUUCUAAAUCAGUUGCUGAUAUUUGGAGCGCAGAUUUUGCUACUGCUUGGUGUCGUCCUGUAGAGGGAUUAGAUGAAGCUUGGGAAAGUUCUUUACAAAAUGCUAAAGAAUUUAAAACAUUUACAAGAACAGAAGAUGAGAAGCAAGAGGAGGCAAAAAAUGAUGCGGAUUUUUGGGAUAAUCUCCAAAAAGAGUGGGAAAAGCUGGCUAAGGACGAAAAUGUAGAACAUCCUUGGUUGUCUGACUAUGAAACUUUUGAUCCAUAUAAGGAGUAUACGUUUACGAAUGAGAAUCCAUUUUCUGAAUGCAAUGAGCCUUUUGAGGAAGGUUUGAAAAAGUUAGCUAGUGGAGAUUUACCUAGUGCUGUAUUGUUAUUUGAAGCUGCAGUGAAAAAAAAUCCUGAACAAAUUGAAGCAUGGCAAUAUUUGGGUACUAGCCAAGCAAAAAACGAGCAGGAUCCGGCUGCAAUCGCAGCCUUUAAAAGAUGCUUGGAGUUGGAUCCCGAUAACUUAACCGCACUGAUGGCCUUAGCUGUGAGUUAUACAAAUGAAUCUAUGCAAGCUCAAGCAUGUGAAACCCUUAUUAGGUGGCUUCACAAAAAUCCAAAAUACAGUCAUUUAGUUGAAUCUACGCAUCUUGAUGAUACAUCUUCUGUAUCGUCUAUUCUCUCUAGUGAAAAACAUAAAGCUGCCCGAGAUAUGUUCAUAGCAGCAGCUCGAAUAAACCCCACAAAUCCAGAUCCAGAUAUUCAGAAUGGUUUAGGUGUUUUGUUUAACUUGUCUGGUGAUUACGAUAAAGCCAUUGAUUGUUUUAGAGCUGCUCUUCAAGUUAAACCAGAUGAUAGCUUACUUUGGAACAGAGUGGGAGCAACAUUAGCAAAUAGUAAUAGGUCAGGCGAAGCAAUUGAAGCUUACUACCGUGCUUUAGAGCUAUAUCCAGGAUUCAUCAGGUCUCGGUUCAAUUUAGGCAUCAGUUGUAUUAAUCUUGGUGCAGUUAAAGAAGCUGCAGAGCAUUUCCUGUUGGCUCUAAACUUGCAGAAUGCCGGAAGAGGACCUCAAGGUCUUAGGUCCAAAGCAGCAAUGUCCAGCAACAUUUGGUCAAUUCUACGUACAGUUAUGACGCUGUUGAAGAGGCCGGAUUUAUAUGAAGCAAUCGAUAGAAAAGAUUUAGAUUUGCUCAACAAAGAAUUUGGAAUGGAACCUUAAUUACAUUCAGCUAUUUAAACCGUAGUCUAUUCGUCUUAGACUAUUUGAAUCUCUUUUACUGAAAAAUAAGUUAUAAAUGCCAAUGUAACAUAUGCUACUCCAAAGCUAAUUUUUUUCCAAAGACUUUGUGGAUUAGAAUUGUUUUCUUAUCUUAACCCACUGCAAGAAUUUCAAAUUGUUUUUCAACUACUGUAUUUAAGAGAUCCAAUUUAAGUAAUAAAUUUUCAUUGUUUUAUAACAUUUUGUGCUGAUCUCUUCCACAAAAUCUAUUUUUCAAGCAACUUAUGAGAUUGGCACAUUGUACCAAAAUUUAUUUUUACUUUUAUUUUAAUAUCAAAUAUGUACAGGGCUGUAUGCAAGGGGGUGGUUUAUAGGGUUCAAACCCCCUCCGAAAUUUUUCAUCCAAAAAAAUACCUUCCAUUAUUUAUAUUUUGGUGACAAAAAUAAUAUUGUUAUUAUUAUUAUUUUAAUUUUAUAUGUGAAAUGGAAUUAGUAUGACUGAAAAAUUGCACAAACUCAUUGUAUGUUGAUGGUAGUUUACGGUAGUUAUUGAGAAAUUCAUUUGUUAUGUAACAAUAUGGCAUUUUGUAAGAAUAUCCUCCCUCCAUUUAGAUAAUCUAUUGUAACAGAAAUCAAUAGAAUACACAUGAAACCAAAUUU